AUGGAGGUUAAAGUCAUAUGUGAACCAUGCAAAGAAAGAGAAAUUGACUCAUGUGCUUAUAAAUACUGCGUAACAUGUCAGGAAUCUCAAUGCAGAAAAUGUGCCGAAGUUCAUAAAAGCUACAAAGCUACAAGAUCGCAUCACUUGGUUCAGAUAGAGGACUGGCAAGUGCCAUUAAAAUUAUGCAGUGAUUUAAAGGUGAUGCGAAAGUGUAAACAGCAUGCAGAAAAGGAACUUGAAUUUUGCUGUACUGAUCAUAAAGAGUUUUUGUGUAGCACAUGUUUAUUGACCGAAUCGGUGCACCGACAUUGUACUACGAUAAUAAAUCUGUCUACAUGUUUUCCUUCCUCUAACAUGAGAGUGUUUACCGAUAAAAUAUGCAACGACUUAGAUCAAACAAUUCAUAAAGCUAGAUAUGCGAAGGAAAAACUGAUUGGCACUUAUGAAAACUCAGAAGGUAUAACUAAACAAAUAUCUGAUAAAGUUAAUACUAUGCGCGACACUUUUUUGAUGCAGUUCGAAAAACAAAAAUCCAUUAUAUUAUCAUCCGCAAAGGAAAAAGUUAAAAGACAAGCCGAACAUUGCAUGAAAAUGAUGACUUGUAUAGAUGAUCAUAUAACCAAUGCCGAAGAGUCUAGAAAGUUUCUUAAGGAAAUGAAAGACUUGGGGCGAGAUUCUGACAUUGUACAUUGCAUUCUACUUAGCAUUGAAAAAACUGAAGAACUGAAAAGACGAACAGAGGAGAUAUGUUCAGAAAGUACAGAACUGGAAGUUGAAUUUGGAAACACAGUUCUAACAGAUUCAGUCGUAAAGAAUGCACCUUUGAUAAAGUGCAAUAUUAAAGAAACAAAGUUAGCUAUAACUGAUAUCAAACUUGAUACUACAAGUAAAGAGGACUUGUAUUAUCAUAUUUAUAACACUAGUAAAACAGUUACAGUCAAAGAUACCACCGAAAGCAGCAGCAAUGUUAAUGACAGCAUAAAAACAACAGGCGACAAGAGCAAAAGAGAACAUCCCAUGUCAGUUACGCUUUUAGAAAACAAAUCUACAGACGAAGACGAAGAAAAUUCACAUUUCAAUUCGGCGUUAAAGAUAACCCAGGAUACCCCUCAAUCAGCUGACACCACAAAUAUUGUAGGUACUAAAGGUAUUAGUCAGUCACGCAAGGAAAGUGCAACGUAUUCACCAGAUAAGAAACAGCAAUUAAAGGAAUCGCCUGUGCAGUUGAGAUACUCUGAAUGCUUUAACAUAAAAGAUAAAGACUGUUCCACAAUUUGGGUAGGUGGUAUAGUAUGUCUUCAUGACAACCGUCUAGUGUUGUCAGAUUACCUAAAUAUGAGGUUGAUGGUUCUGAAUACCGAUCAUCAAGUAUGCCAAGUGGUUCCAAUAAGAAAUGGUCCUCGAUAUGUAUCUAUGUUCAAUCAAGACACAUUCAUUGUUUGUUUGAUUAAAUGUCCGAAGAUUGUAUUGAUGAAAAUAAAAAAUGCCGACGUUAAAGUUGGAAAUUAUUUGCAAACUAGGUUUUACCCAAAAACAGCUCAUUCAAGUGGUUCAAACUCAAUCCUAGUUACAAUGCAGGAUGAUGACCUGGUCUGGCAUGUUGAUGUCAUAGAUUUAUCAGGAAAAGUUCUGCAAACAGUUAAAAUCAAAGAGUUCUUUGACGGGUAUAGAACUGCCGUUCUCAAACCAGAAACCCAAGAUAGUAGAACAACGUUAAUUCAGUACUGCAGAUACUCAGAAGAGGUGCGUUUCCUAAGUCUUGAUGGAAAAUUGGUUUUCCGUUUCAAAAUAGAUGAAGUGUCAAGUGUUUUCACGGACAAUAUAAGACGAAACAUAAUUAUUGUCAGAUAUUGUGGUGAAGUGCUCGUUUUAUCAUCUGAUGGAAAAUUGAAAGCGAGGUUGAAGAAAAUGUCAAUGUACAGAGCAAAUUAUUUGGCAAUGAAUGCAUCAUUAGACAAAGUAUAUAUCACAACUUAUAAGGAACCUAAAAUACAUACCUUGAAGGUUUGUUGUGAAUAA